ACGGAUUGGUGAGUGAUAAACCAGCAGUGUACCGUAUCAUAUAAGGAGCCCAUCAUUUCGUGAAAACAUAAAACUUUCAGCUGUAGCUUUCAGGAGAAUCUUAGGAUGAGCCCAUUUGAACCAUACCCUGGCCUGACUGACCCACCCUUAUAUAGAGGAAAGAGCAAAGAGUUAAUGGGAGUAAUUGGCACUCAAAAUAAUGCAAUCAGCUAGAAUGAAUGUGACAUUUUAACAUAUAUAUAUAAUUAUUUUUUAUUUUUUUAUUUUUUUUUUUGCAUUUGUAUAAUCAAUCAAUCAAAACUACAAAAGCCCCCGUUUCUGAAUUAGAUUUGGUUUUCUUUUUUUGGUGAGGAACUUGAAGGAUGAACACAGAAAGGAGUUGUUGGCCUAGUGAAGAUGAGCUCAACGAAAUAAGGGAAGUGGUUUCUGCGAUGUCGUCUGGGACAAGUCCUGAGCAAGUUCGAGUUGUUGUCUCUCCUUAUAGGAUCUGUCCCCUUGGUGCUCACAUUGAUCAUCAGGGCGGAAUUGUUUCAGCUAUGACUAUUAACAAAGGAGUUCUUUUGGGUUUUGUUCCUUCUGGUGAUCCCCAGGUCAUAUUGCGUUCAGCACAAUUCCGUGGAGAAGUUAGGUUCAGUGUGGAUGAAGUUCAAUACUCAAGACCAAUCGGAAAAAAAGAUGAGAACCGUGCAACUGAUUCUCAAAAAGUGAGAGAAGAUUCUAACUGGGGAAAUUUUGCGAGAGGAGCUCUCUAUGCACUACAGAGUAGGGGAAACUCUAUUAUUCAGGGCAUCACAGGGUAUAUUAGUGGUUCUGAAGAUUUUGACAGAUCUGGGCUUAGUUCUUCUGCUGCUGUUGGAGUUGCUUAUCUGUUGGCUUUGGAAAGUGCAAAUAACUUAACUUUUCCUCCUACUGUAAAUAUUGAAUAUGACCGGAUUAUUGAAAAUGAAUAUCUUGGCCUGCGAAAUGGCAUACUGGAUCAAUCAGCCAUACUGCUUUCAAGUCAUGGUUGCCUAACAUGCAUGAACUGCAAGACUAAAGAACACAAGCUUAUACAUCCAUCAAAGUUGUUGAAGCCCUAUAAAAUAUUAGUGGCAUUUUCGGGCCUUAAGGAUGCUUUAACCAACAACCCUGGGUACAAUAGCCGGGUUGCAGAGUGCCAAGAAGCUGCACGAUUUCUACUCAAAGCUUCUGGUAAUGACAACUUGGAGCCUCUUUUAUGCAACGUUGAACUAGAGGCAUAUCAAAUGUACAAGCAGUGCAAGUUGGAACCUAUUUUAGCCAAAAGAGCAGAACAUUUUUUCUCAGAGAAUACGCGGGUUAUCAAAGGUUUUGAAGCUUGGGCUUCUGGCAACAUAGAAGAAUUUGGGAGGCUCAUUUCAGCUUCUGGUUUAAGUUCUAUUCAAAACUAUGAAUGCGGUUGCGAGCCAUUGAUACAACUCUAUGAGAUCCUUCUAAGGGCUCCUGGCGUAUUUGGGGCACGGUUUAGUGGUGCUGGAUUUAGAGGAUGUUGUGUUGCAUUCGUAGAUGCUAAUUUUGCAGCAGAAGCUUCUUCUUUUAUCAAGGAAGAGUAUCUUAAGGCUCAGCCUAAAUUGGCUACUCAAAUCAACCAACACUCAUUAGUAAUAAUAUGCGAAGCAGAUCACUCUGCGCGUUUAAUCUGAUUUUGCAUUCAUCUAUUUCAUUAAUUCUUUUGCUCACAACUGAAGGGUUGAUGGUGAUUAAUACAAGAAUGAUGGGACACAUGAAGUGUUGAAAUUAAGAUGAUGAAUUGUAUAUGUAUUAUGUAUAUGAAUUCUGAUUUUUACA